GAGGGCUGAGGCACUGAUCCCCUUCCGGAGAAGUGGGGAACGUAUUGGCAAAUUGCUAUCAAACCACUGAAACCAGCUCAUAAGCGCAAAUAAUAAUACACAACUUGUGAGAGCGAAAGCAACAAGGAAACUAGAGUACGCACUAUGUCUAUUGCCAGAGCCAUGUCAGGCAUCACGUGCUACACACUCGUUACCAUAUCGUAUCUCUUAUUCUACACAGCAUACUCGAAAACGGCUAAGACGCUCGUGCUGGGUGACCUUCUCGACGUCCUCUUUGUACGCAAAAGCAUCGACCACACGCUUGUACAGUGGAACAAAGUCAUAUCACUGGCAGGUAUCACUUGUCUGGCCUUCUCGUUCACGCCUCACUUCAAUCAUGUCUGUGACCUCGACGAGUUGUUGUGGGUUUCGAUCAUAUCCCUACAGGUACAUGCAAUGUACUCCAUCUACAAGUACUACGGCAGUCCCAACAUUCCAGAGCUGCUUACAUUCCCCCAGGCAUUCACACAAAUGAAUGCCGCGGGUCCCAAGGACCGACUAAUAGCGAAAAAGAAGCUGUCCAUCGUCCUGGGUGCUUGUGGUAACAUGAUUCUCGCUGCGUACCAGUAUGGACUCCUACCACUAACCCCUGUAAAAGGAAUGCUGGUAGUGCUGCUGGGUGUGAUGCACUUCUACUUCAUGGAGAUAGACUUCAAAGAUCAACUGCAAGUGCGUCCGUGGGGAUUUCUGGGCUUUGUGGCACCCGCAGUUUGCCUGGUAGUCGGACCUCUAGCCGUCGCCGGAUUGUUAUAAGAGAGUACAGUUGAGCUGCCCUCGAAGCUGCUGAAGGUUAGCAAGAUCUCAUGUACAUAUACGAAUGGUGUUACAUGCCGAAUUAAAGUGUGUUUUUAUGGUGAAUUUCUGCGUUGGUAGGACGCGAUAUGCUUAUCCCGUUGCUCUACGUUUUCUGAACGUCCACUAUUUG